AUGAACACUACUGAAUCAGUUAUCGAGUUCCUUGGGAAUGUGCCCUUGUUGCAGAGGUUACCUAGUUCUUCUCUGAAGAGAAUCGCCGAACUCGUUGUGUUCAAGCGUUAUGAGAAAGGGGAUUAUGUGGUUCGUGAAGAUCAAGAUGUGGAUGGAGUUUAUAUUCUCUUAGAAGGAGAGGCUCAGGUUCUUGGACCAUACGGAGAGGAAAACUGUUCUGAGUUCCUCUUAAAACCAUCUGAUUUCUUCGGCCGCGGUAUUUUUGGGAAUGUUUACUCAGCAGAUGUUGUUGCUGCGUCAAAGCUUACCUGCUUACUGUUGAUGUCUGAUCAUUGUGAUUUGCUUGAGACAAAGUCAAUCUGGGAUUCAAAUAAGGAACAUGACACACAAUGUCUUGUAGAACGCCUAUUAUAUAUGGAACCAUUAGAUCUGAAUUUAUUCCGGGGGUUCACACUACCCAAUGCUCCAACCUUUGGAAAGGUUUUUGGAGGGCAAUUCAUUGGACAGGCACUUGCCGCAGCAUCAAAAACUGUUGAAAUUGAGAAGAUAGUCCAUAAUUUACAUUCCUAUUUCCUUCUUGUUGGAGAUUUAAAUAUUCCCAUCAUAUAUGAAGUUAACCGCUUACGCGAAGGCAACAACUUUGCCACCCGAAGAGUAGAUGCAAGACAGAAAGGAAAAACCAUAUUCACCUUGUUUGCGUCAUUUCAGAGAGAACAACAAGGUUUUAUUCACCAGGAGUCGACCAUGCCUCUUAUGCCAGCUCCUGAAACGCUUAUUUCAAGGGAUGAGAUGCUCGAACGGCGUAUAACUGACCCUCUGCUACCUAGGGAUUACCGGAACAAAUUUGCAACUGUAAAUAUUGCUCCAUAUCCUAUAGAUAUUCGAUUUUGUGAGCCAACUUAUCAUACAGAACAUACAAAGGCUCCUCCGAGACUGAAAUAUUGGUUUAGAUCAAAGGAAAAACUUUCUGAUGACCCAGCUUUGCACCGAUGUGUGGUUGCAUUUGCUUCAGAUUUGAUAUUUGCAUGUAUCAGCUUAAACCCUCACCGCAAAAAGAGCAUGAGUUCAGCUGCUCUUAGUCUGGACCAUUCGAUGUGGUUCCACCGACCUCUAAGAGCUGAUGACUGGUUGCUGUUUGUGAUGGUGAGUCCAACCGCGUACCAAAGCCGUGGUUUUGCCACAGGCGAAAUGUUCAACAGAAAGGGAGAGCUGGUGGUAUCAUUGACGCAAGAAUGUUUGCUAAAAGAGGCAGUCACUAUUAAACCUGUCUUCGGCGCCAAGCUGUGA